AUGGAUUCUCUGAUAUACACACUGAUAGAAAUUACAGUCCCCUACUACAAAUCAAAGCACGCUCGGCGGGACCUUGGACUCGAAGGCGAUGACUUAGAGGAGAAAAAGCGUCAGGACAUUGAGAAAAGGGCUUUACUCAUCGAGAAAAGCCUUAUUAAACAUAUUGAUGCGCAAAUGUACUCAGUGCAGUCUUCAUCCAAGCCUGAGACAUUUUAUGAGGUCGAUCUUGAUGCAUUCUCAUGCACAUGUAUCGAAUUUCCUCAUCGGGAAAAAGUCUAA